AAUUACUUGUCACAAAUUUGACGAAUUCGCAUUUUAUAAAACUGUAUGGAACGAAAUGAAUGAAUCCACGCCAAGUGACUGCAGCACACCCAAGACACAAAUACCUAUUAAAGGGAUUCUUAGACAGACCAGGGAAAGUGUAACUGAGAUCUUUACCAAGUACCGCCAAAAAGUGGGCAAUGGAGCUUUCCAGGCGGCUCAGAGGGUCAGAACUUCCCAACAAUUGAGUCUUAUAAAGCCAACCUUGCGUUGUGAAACCAAACGACAACGUUUCUUUAAAGGAUAUGGUUGCGAAGAGGUGGCCACUGUGUGCCUUUUGGUGGUCAUUCUGUUGAUGCUCUUGUUUGGACUUUACCUGGCCAGGAACUACAAUCACGCCUUUAUCUAUGGAAAUGGCGGAUGCCUUUCGACGUUUUUGUGGACAUACGAUGAAUGCCAAAUAAUUACAUAGGCACAAACGGUUUUGUUUGUAUAUGAACUUUAUUGAUGCUCAAUUGGUUGUGGCCAAUGUCAAAGCUUAAUUGCAUCAAUUUUAAACAGUCCACCACACAGACAAAAAGGGGUGACCUCCGCACCUUUAGCUAAUUAGGCCGUUGGCAGAGUGGCUCUUUUUUUCACCGAUGGGGGGCGCUGCCAAUCAUCAAGCUGUUUAAAUAAUAAAUCACUUUAAAAUUAGUUUGCCAACUUGUGCAAGUUGAG